UAUCAGUUACACUUCACGCUUAUACCCUUCAUCGCAUAACAUAAAGAAUAUUCGCGGAAUAUUUUUGAAAUAAAAUAAGCCAAAAGUAAGAAUUUUCUUAAUUUCUGAAACUGAUUGACCGCCAGCCGAACCACGUGACCAAACUCGGAAAGGAAUCGUCUGUGUGGUUAGUGAUAACAGAAUUAGCAGUUCGGUAAAUAGAAUUAUUAGUAACCCUUUAAGACAACAAACUCUUGGAAUUUGAGAACCACUGCGAAGAUAGGAAAUGUUUAUUGUUGUUGCUGUUGAAGGACUGACCAAUUUGGGCAGUAUCUAGAAUUAUUCAAUCGCUGCUGAUAGAAUGGGAUCAGAAUAAUGCUAUCUUCUGCCCAAGAGAGUAAUGGAAAUCGAAUGUAGUCCUUACGCGAACAUAGAAGUUGUAAAUGAAGUACAGAACUGCUGGGAUCAAGAUGUGGACUCUGACAUUGCUGUGGACAUUUUGAUGCCCAAUGGAUAUUUCAUGACCAUUAGCGUCAACAGAUAUGCCACUCUUCAUCAAAUUAAAGAGGAAGUGUGGGAAGGGGCACAGAACUGUCCACUGUUUUCUCUUCUUAAGGAUAGUGAUGCCUACGUCUUCCAAUGUGUCAACUCCUAUACUGGAAAUAAAGACGAACUGGUGGAAGAGGAUCGCAUGUUAUUCGAUGUCAGACCUUUCCAAGCUUUUCUCAGAUUGGCAGAGAAGGAAGGUGAUGUAGAGGAAAAGAAACAGAACUCCAGGCUAGGAAAUGCUAUUGGGCAGAGUCUUGAAGAAUUUGAUGAGCAGAACGACUCAGAAAUAAAUGACUUCCGUAAGCAGAUGAGACAAUUUUGUGAAUCUGUAUGCGCUGAGUUAGAGCUAGAAUCUUGGGAAAAACGGGUACUUCGGCAAUAUCCUGUGUCUAUGGAAUCCAGUCCAAAACUGCCCACGUAUUUGCAAAAGAAGAUUUUCGAUGACAACUUGGUUGUAGCCAUCAGUAUCGGACAGCAAUGUUCCGAAUCUACUUUCAAAAUCUCGGUUUCACCAAGUUUGAAACCAGAGGAGCUUUUAGAUCUUGUCUUACAGAAGAAAGGACCAAGCAUUGGACUGUAUGACAAUCAUAUCACUCAAAGUCACGUUCUGAAGGUAUGUGGGUUAGAAGAAUAUCUCAUUGGAAUAUGCCCACUCUCACAAUACCGGUACAUAAGAGAAUGCAUAUCAUCUGACAAGACUCCAGAAUUGGUCCUUGUAUCACGGGACAAGGUACUGUUGGAAGCCAGCGUGGUGAAAACCGAAAAGAAUUAUAUUGAGAGGCAAAGAAGUCAUUCAUUUACCAAUGAUUCUGUCACCUUCCAGAAGCUAAAAAAAUCUGUAACCGUUUCUGCCUGGACUAUUGACGAUCCCAUUGCCAUCACUUUGCAUUUUGUUGGCAAACUAGACUGUGAUAUUAAAAGCAAGAUAGCUGUGCAAUGUGCUAUUUACUACAGUGACGAAUGUCUUACUAGUAUUAUCCACUCAACUGAAAAAUGUCUAGAAGAAGAAAAGUACCAUUGGAAUGAAACCUUUAGUUUUGAGUUAGAGUUGCAUCACUUACCUCGCAUGGCCAAGUUAUGCUUUUGUAUAUAUGAAGUAAGCCCCACCCAGAAAAAUGGACGUUUUAGAAAAUGUCAGGACAAAUUUGUGUGCCCUAUUGCAUGGGUGAACACAACGGUUUUUGAUUACAAAGAUAAUCUUAAAUCAACUCCUAUAACAUUAUCUACUUGGUCUUACCCCCAAGAAAUAGAUGAAAAUUCUGCCGUCAUGAUGAGACCCCUUGGCACGAUUGCCCAAAAUCCAAAUCCAAAAAACAGCCCAGGCGCUUUAUGUUUCUCAUUCAAGAAAUACCACACCACAUUCCAAGUUGUAUAUCCUAACACCAGUGAGAUUUUGGAAUAUGCAAAAGAAGAAACUAGUUUAACCAAUGGCAGUAUGCCUCAAGCCAGCAAAUCCUAUUUGCAACAACUGAGACAGAUUUGUGAAAAAGAUUCCCUGUACCAACUGCAUGAGCAGGAUAAGCAAUUGAUGUGGUUUCUUCGCAAUGACUGUUGUGAGCAACUUCCGAAUUCGUUGCCGAAGCUUCUGAGGUGCGUCAAGUGGAAUGACAGACGAGAAAUCGCUCAGAUGACGCAACUAAUGGAGGUUUGGCCUCAGUUAACGCCUUACAAAGCAUUAGAAUUGCUAGACUAUGCUUACCCUGAUUGUAGGGUACGAAGUUUUGCUGUGAAAUGUUUGGAGAAAAUCACUGACGAAGAACUCUCACUUUACCUACUACAGCUGGUACAGGCUUUGAAGCAUGAAUCUUACUUACAAAACAGCUUAGUCGAAUUUCUGUUGGAAAGAGCUUUGAAGAACAGACACAUUGGACAUAGGCUGUUUUGGCUGCUCAGAUCUGAGACUGAUUUUCCAGAGGCAUCUUUAAGAUUCAGGUUAAUACUAGAAGCUUAUUGUAGAAGCUUACCGUCUCAUUUAGAAUCUCUUGAAAAACAAGUGGAAGCUUUAAGAAAGUUGAGAUCUGCCAACAAUGACGUGAUGGGUAAAGUGUAUGUUAAGAAGGAAGGAAGGGAGAAACUAAAAUCUAAAAUUCAGAAGUUAUUGGGUAAAAGUCAUAAAAAUCCUUUCUGCAAUCUUCAUAAUCCUUUGGAUCCCAGAUUCAAAUUUGGAAGAAUCAAAAUCGAAAAAUGUAAAUUCCUUGAUUCUAAGAUGAGACCAUUGUGGUUGGCAUUUGAAAAUAUCGACACUUAUGGGAAGGAUGUCUUCCUCAUAUUCAAAAAUGGAGACGAUCUACGGCAAGACAUGCUUAUUUUACAAAUGUUGCGUAUAAUGGAUAGGCUAUGGAAAGAUGAAGGGUUAGAUUUCAGAAUGAUACCUUAUCAGUGUAUGGCAACGGGACACAAAGUUGGUUUGAUUGAAGUUGUUCCAGACAGUGACACCAUUGCAAACAUUCAAAAAGAGAAAGGAUUUACUGCCACUUCCGCCUUCAAAAAGGGGUCUAUUUUAUCGUGGCUGAAGGAUCAUAAUCCGGAUGACAUGAGCCUGAGUAAAGCUGCAGAAGAAUUUACUUUAUCAUGUGCAGGAUAUUGUGUUGCAACUUAUGUUCUGGGGGUGGCUGACAGACACAGUGAUAAUAUUAUGAUCAAGACAAAUGGUCAGUUAUUUCAUAUUGACUUUGGACACAUUCUCGGAAAAUUCAAAGAAAAAUUCGGUAUUAAGCGUGAAAGAGUGCCAUUUGUCUUAACUCAUGAUUUUGUAUACAUUAUCACCAAAGGACACACUCAAAAAUCUCAAGAAUUCACCAAAUUUCAGCAAUACUGUGAACGUGCCUUUAUGAUCCUGCGACGCUGGGGUCCAUUGGUCAUUUCACUCUUUGCCAUGAUGUUGUCCACUGGCAUUCCAGAACUUAGCAGUGAGAAAGAUCUAGAUUACCUGAGGGAAACGUUGGUUCUCGAUAUGUCGGACAACGAUGCCCUCAAGCAUUUUCGUCUGAAAUUUGAUGAAGCUCUCAAAAACAGUUGGAAAACUAGUGCGAACUGGAUGGCUCAUAAUUGGGCUAAAGACAAUAAAAUGUCUGACUAAAAACCACAACAAUGGCUGUGAGUUACAUUUUCUAUAGUUUAUCAUUGAGUGUUAGUUUCUUGAAAACCAUUAUUUUGUAUAUUAAAGGUUAUUCAUCAUUUCA